CAUCCCACACAUUGUGUGUAGGAGGAUAUAUUCUGUGGUGUAGUAUUUACGCAUUUCAGGUCAACAGCUGCCUUUUCCAUACUGUAAAAUAAAUCACAUCUUCUUUUGGUCAGGUAUAAUACGUGGUAACAAUGACAGAAGUAGUAACUGAACCAAAUAUUGCAGCCACACCGGCAGUAACCACAGCGGGGACAGCAAGUCCUGCGGCUGGAGGUGGAGGAUCAAGUGGUCUGCGUCCCGGAGGAAAGAAGAAGAAAUACAACGCUAACAACUUCGCUAAAAGCAAGAACACGACACACGGGAUGACAGAUUUCGUUCUUCUAACGAGAAACCUGAGUCUUCUGAAGCGACUUCUCGAACUGCCAGCAACGGACCGCGAUGAUUUCUUCAUUAUUGAAAUGGUUUUACUGGGCCUGUCAGUUGUUAUGCAGAUAACCAAUGGUCUUCUCAUGUUUGCAUCUGCUCAGAAGAACCUGGAUGACGAAGAAGAAAAAGAAGAAGCUGAUGACUUGAAUAUACUAAGCGGCAUUUUGAAUUUCCUCGUCAUUAGUGUGAAUAUUGCCAUCAGUGCAUUCAGUGGAAUGUCUUAAUAAAAAAAACGGGUGCUUGCAGAAUUAAAUAUCAAGAUUAGUCGAUAUAUGUCUCAGUAUAUCUGUUUUGUUUAUUCGAUGUUCAAUUGCAGGCGAAGAGACAUGUUAUAAUAGAAUAGCUUGUGAAAUACAAUUCUUGUAAUUAUGUUAGAAAUUUAAUUAUCAGAUUAUCAGAGUAUUUACUAUUGCUAAAUUAAAUUAUUAUAUUAUCAUUCGGCAAUUGGAUUUGUUAAUUGAAAUUAUAUCAAACGGGACAUGGUUAACAGUUGGUUAGUGUAAUGCAACAUUCCUGAUGUAUAAAACGUUUUUUUUUUGCAAUUGAAAUAGAUGAUUCACAGAUGUACAUAGAUAAAUUCAGCCUGACUUUUUAGACGGAUAAUUCGAUGUACGUAUACCACAGAGUAAGCCGAUUGACGUAUGUAUUUGUUUUUAUUUCAAAAGUACUAUAUUUGCAAGAAACACAUCAAAUUUGUUGGUAAUACGCAAUUGAUUUUGAGAGCAUUUGAAUUUGGGAGAAUCAUAAUUAAGUGGAGUAGAUUAGGUAUUUAAUUUGAUGGGUGCAAAAGGUUUGAAUAUUUUAAAUACAAGUGUAUUGUGUAAUUACUAUUAAUAAACAAAUCGGGCGCAUCUAUACCUAUCCAAAUUCACUUACUAUUCAAUUUUACUAUUCGUUAAAUAAAGGACUUAGUUUUACAGAACAAUCUCAUUUACAUUAUGUGUAUUUUACUGGUGUAGUAAUAUAUUUAAAAAUAAAAUUUAAUAUAUGACACACGCAAAA